UAAAUAUCAGCCAGGCUUUGUUGAGAUUUUAGUAGUGAAUUCUCUCCCUUACUGGAACUGUAUUCCCAUAAUCAAAAGCAACCAGCAACCAUGUACUUCUCCCCGGUUAUAUUCAACGGCACACGGAAAAAUCGGGCGCCGGACAGCUUCGUGGGCGGCGUCCACCUCAAUGCCAUCAACGGCUCCACAGACUCCACGCCCUUCAGUCCGUUCAGCAGCGGCUAUUCCGGUCAGUCCCAGUCCUACGGGGGACAUUUCAGCUUCUCUAUGGAGGACACGUACCGGUAUCGGUCGCAGGACAGCAGCAACGCGCGGUAUGAAAGCUCGUCUCCCAAGAAAUCCCCAACUUACGUCAUCACUGAUGACGUCAAACCCGCGACAGAACGACCAAUCUUUUACAGCCAAAUAAUACCCCGGAAUAAUGACGAUUUUUUAAACGGGAAUUCCGGGUUGAGCACGUCGGAGGAGGAGCCGGGUAGAAACAGCCUUGACCUUGAGGAAAACCCACACUUCCACCCCGUGUUUGAGGAUUUGCUGCGGUCCCUGGAAGAGCUGGACCAGAGCAGAGGUCACGUGACGCAGCACGACCUUGAAUAUGACGAGGAUCGACCAAGUGCCUUGACCUUGUCCGACCUCAACAUCACCAAUAACGAGGUUAGAACACCGGCCUCCAUUAGUGACGAGUCAGACGUCUCCAACACAUUGGCACCACAGGCGGCUAAAUCUUACAAGAGUGUUAGACGUUACCACCUGUCUGACUACACAAAUACGGAGAGGACACUACAGCUGAUGCAGAAAAUGAAAGAAGGAAAAAAGAUGGCGCCGUCCUAGAUAUUGACAUGCAGAAAACCAAGUUGUAUUUCCAAAAAAAGGCGACGUCUCUAAGCAAAGAAGAGAUUUGCGCUUAUUUUUUUUCCUGCACGAAACAGAUUGAGGCUGGAUGAAUUUGAUAUUUUUUGCCUUGUUGAGACGCCAACAAGUAUUGUAACGGUUUUCAGUUGACUGAUUUAAUGCAAUACCUG